AUGAGUGCGGGUCCACUGCAACAAGUCCAUCCUUGGUGGCUCCAUGCCGAUGAUCCCUCCGUACGCGUCAUCACUGCCAACAACAACAACACCAAUGAGACAGAGACCUUCCAUCGCGAGAGCGUCGGCACUGUCGGCAACAACAUCGACAUGGCCAUUUGCUGUGUCUCGUUCAUUGGCGCCAUCGCCAUCAUUCUCCCCUACGUACUCAACCGCAGAAGUCGCAAGCUUCGCCACGCGCUCAUCCUUGGCCUUGCCACCAGCGACCUGGCCACCUCGGUCGUCAUCAUCAUCACCACCGCCUGCCUCAUCGCCAACAUCAACCUCGUAUCACACGAUGCUCCUUGCACCUUUCUCGGCUACAUCCUCAUCAGCUCCAUCUUUUCGCAGCACCUUUGGAACUUGUCCAUUGCCGUCAUCACCUACAUGAUCCUCGUCUAUCCGCUCUCCUCUUUCACCUUGACUGUCGAGAGGCGCGUGCGAUGGCUCUGGCCCGUCUUUUGGCUUGCUUCCUUUGUGGUCAAUGCCAUCGCUUUUGGCUUGGGCGGAUACGGCUUCAGGGGCGGCUACUGCGCUCUCACUACGGGCUUUUACUUUGCCAGCAUCUUCCAGUUUAUCCCGCGAGCCAUUGUCUUUGUUGUCAUUCUGUGCCUCUACACGCAUCUGUUCUUCUUCCUUCGCAGGACGAAUCUGUUCAGCAAAGCCAACAACUCUAACUCGCUCAGCCAGAGCCAUCGCCGCUCCCAGGCUCAGCACCUCGGCACGCAGUCCAAGCAGCAGCAGCAACACCAGCAAUACGAUGGUGCUGAAGAUGCUUCUCAGCAGUCGGCGCUAAACGAACAGCCACAGUCGGUCAAUAUGUCGUUUGCCGAUGCGCUGGCCACUCCGACCGACGACGCCAGUGCCAUGGUGAAAGGCUAUAGCGGUCCUCCCUCGUCAGCUGCAGGUGGAGUGCACAGCAGGAAGACGUCGACGGGCAGCCGCGUCACGCCGCACGUGCUCAACAAGAACGAUGCACGACCCUUCGAGUAUCGACGCUCGUCAUCUCUUGUCGAAAAAGACGGCAGCAUCGAGAUGGCUACCUUGGCAUCAUCCUUGUCGCGCCGCAAGGGGUCGGACGGCACAGCGGACCCUGCGCUCUCGGCUCUUCUGGCGUAUAACAUGAACCAGCUACAUUCCAACCAAGCGGGAGCGGAAGCGGAAGAGGCGUCGGUCGCUGCGCCGCUGGCUACAUACGGGUUGCUGGAUCCCUACUACAGCAUGGCUCCGCCAAGAGCAGUUCCGGGCCAACUCGACAUCCACAAAGCCAAUGCACCGCACGAUGACGCGUCGAGUAUCAGCCGGCAUUCGCCCUCAGAUUCGUCGUAUGCUGGAGGCGAGGGCGCGCCUACGCUCUCGGCCCAGGAAUCGACGGCCCCGCUCAACGACUCUUUCGCGAGAGGCGAGGGUGAGUCGUUGAAUAUACGCAAGAUCAAUGCGGCGUCUUCGAAGCGGCCUGUGACUGCCGAGGCGGCUGCUGCCACCGCCGCAUCUACGUCCCAGCUGGGAGGGAAUGGUGUAGAGCAGCGACGCGCGUCGGCCGGUGACCCGCGGUACGAUUCGCAUGGCGCUGCUGCUACCGCCUCUGGCAGCGAUAGCGACGAGAGCGACGACUCGGAGAUCCAGCACAUGCGUCCACGCAAGGACGCGGGGGACUUCGAGAUGAUCACACCGCCCGUCGAGCACUUGAAGCACUCGCGGGCUCCGUUGGCAAUACGCAACUUUACGCGCAUGGCCGAUGUGCUGGCGAUGGGGGAGGACGAGAUGGUGCGCGCGCGGCAUGGUGGCGGGGGACGUUUUGCGGGCGAGCGUCCGGGCAGUGCGGUGCAGAUUCUGCCGGGCGAGGUGAUGGUGGAGAUGCCGUCCAACGAGGCGUUUGAAGAGUCGCUGGGGAAUGAUUGGAAGUGGGGGAUGAAUGUCACUGCUGGAGGCACGGCGGGCACUGGCAAGCACUCGAAGCAUGCGCGCAACUGCGGCAGGGACGACUCGGGCGUGGCGACGGGCACGUCGUCGACGUCUUCGGCGGACGAGAACGGCGUCGAGGCGAUCGGAUCGACACUCAACCGGCAGGCGUCGCUGCUGCUGCUGCUGUACCCGUUGGCGUACUGCCUGCUGUUUAGCAUAUCGAUCGCGCGGCUCGCGGUCGACUUGGCAGACCCGGGCGGCGCGGUGCGCAACUCGCACGACUGGCUCCACCAGCUCUCGCGCUGGCUCAUUUUUGCACAGGGCGCCAUCGAUGCGGUCAUCUUCCAGUUUAUCGAGCGCCAGUUCCGGCACCGCAUGAAGAGGAGGCGCAGGAAGGCGAUGGGCGAAAACGUGGCGGAUAGCUUCACGCACCGGGUGGGCAAGCGUGCGGUGCAGGGGUUGAAGCGCAGCUGGCCGCAUACGAGGAGUCGGACUGGUGCAUCGGCGGCGGCGGCAGCAACAGGGGAUGAUGCGGUGCUGUCCGAGACUCCCAAGGAGAGAUAA